GACAGCUAAGCUAACCGUGCAAGCUAGCGCUAGCUGCAUUGUCUGAUCAAACCUACAGCCGCUCCGUAGACAGCGGGCUACCUGUCAAAGUUCCCUGCUUGACGUGCGCCACUGUACAAACAGGCCGAAGUAGCUGUGUAGUAAACAUGUCGCACAGAAAUGUGCUGGGUUCCUUUUUGUUUUCCUCGGGUCUAGCAUGGCUGUGAACUUCCUUUGAUAAUGCUACGACAGGCAGCGUCAAGUGUGGCUGGUUGACAGUGACAUUUUACCAGCGGUGGUUUGGCAGUUUUUAAUCAACGCAUUCACUUAAUAUUGUUUACCAAAGAAAUGGUGAUGGAGAAGCCAAGUCCCCUGCUUGUAGGGCGGGAGUUUGUGAGGCAGUAUUACACUCUGUUAAACAAGGCACCAGAUUUUCUGCACAGGUUCUAUGGGAGGAACUCUUCCUAUGUUCAUGGAGGACUUGACCCAAGUGGAAAGCUGGCAGAAGCUGUUUACGGGCAAGCGGAAAUCCACAAGAAGGUCAUGUCCCUGCAGUUCAGUGAAUGCCACACAAAAAUCAGGCAUGUGGACGCCCACGCCACACUGAGUGAUGGAGUUGUCGUGCAAGUCCUCGGAGAACUGUCCAACAAUGGCCAGCCCAUGAGGAAGUUUAUGCAAACUUUUGUGCUUGCUCCAGAGGGUUCAGUGCCGAACAAGUUCUAUGUCCACAAUGACAUCUUCCGUUACGAGGAUGAGGUUUUUGGAGACUCUGAAGCUGAGCUUGAUGAAGAAUCGGAGGAGGAAGUUGAGGAAGAGCCUGAGGAGAGGCAGCCUUCCCCUGAACCACUUCAGGAAAGCCCCAACAGCACCACCUACUAUGAACCUCACCCUGUCAGUAAUGGAGUAGAGGAGCCCAUGGAGGAGCCAGCUCCAGAACCAGAGCCGGAGCCCGAACCAGAGCCCAAAGUAGAAGAGAUAAAGCCUGAAGUAGACGAGAAGGUUCCAGACGAGAUGGAGGAGAAAGCUCCUUCACCGGUUCCUGUGGAGUCCCCACCAAACACCCAGGAGCCUCCCAAGACUUUCUCCUGGGCCUUGGUGACCAGUAAAAACCUGCCUCCUACCGGCACAAUCCCCUCCUCCGGAAUGUCACCCCAUGUUGUUAAAGCACCAAGCUCACAGCCCAGAGUUGAUGCCAAACCGGAAACACAGACGGCACCACUUCGGCCCAGAGACCAGCGCACACGUGAAAGACCGGCCUUCACUCAGCGUGGUCCAAGGCCUGAUGGUGUUGCAUCUUCAGAGUCACAAACGGGAAAACCUCACUUGAGUUUUGUUAAUAAAGGUGGCAGGGGAGAUGCGGACUCUGGAGAAAUGGACAACAGGCGGAUUGUUCGGUACCCAGACAGCCACCAGCUUUUUGUUGGCAACCUCCCACAUGACAUUGACGAGAGCGAGCUUAAAGAGUUCUUCAUGACAUAUGGAAAUGUAGUGGAGCUGCGGAUCAACACCAAGGGCGUUGGUGGAAAGCUGCCCAACUUUGGAUUUGUGGUCUUUGACGAUUCUGAUCCUGUCCAAAGAAUCCUGGGGGCCAAGGUAGAAGGGCCCAUCAUGUUUCGAGGUGAGGUGCGACUGAAUGUGGAGGAGAAGAAGACAAGGGCAGUGCGUGAACGAGAGACCCGUGGAGGAGACGAGCGUCGGGACAUGAGGCGCAACGAUCGGGGUCCCGGAGGUUCACGAAGCAUCGUGGGAAGUGGAAUGAUGCGUGAGCGUGAUGGGAGGGGACCCCCACCUCGAGGCGGCAUGGCCCCAAAACCUGGCAUGGGCUCUGGAAGGGGCUCUGGAGGGCAGGGAGAGGGUCGCUUCACAACCCAGCGCCGCUGAAGUGAGCGCAACCUGCCGCGUGGAAGAAAUACCGUGUUCUUCAUCUUCAACCGUUCUCAUUAACGAAAAGAAAUCUUCAUGUAUGAACGUAUAUAUUUGUUUUUUUUGUUUAUUUUUUUAUUUUUGUUCCCUCUUUGCUUUGGAAUGUGACACAGCCGGUCAACCAUUUGUUUGUGAAAUAGACAAAACAAAAUACGCAAACAAAAUAUAUUGCCUAUUCGUUGUGAGCUGAGCAUCCUUUUCAGGUAUCUCAAGAAUUCACAAACUUUAAUUUGUAAAUUCGUGAAAAGAGGCAAACCAACCAGGAGUAAUCCGCCACAUUAGGAGGGACUGAUGAGACUUUAAACUACGAUAAUACAGCCCAUCAUUUGGAAAAGAGAUUAUAUGCCUUGACUUAACCGGGGCGCUGCUUCACGAAAUUCCUCUAUUGCACAUUUUAUAUGGUAGUUUUCUGCCCGUUACUGUUGGAAAAGGGUGAGUUGCAAAAUUUGUGCAGUUCCAGGGGAAAAGUUUGCCUUUUACUUUUUUCCUUUUGAGAGACCACUGC